UGUAUUUUCAGUGAGACCCAGGGCACAAAAUUGCAGUCAACAUGUUCAGUGAAAAGAACAGCACUCCUUUGUCCCAGAAACCAAGCAAGAAAAAGACCAGACCGCAGGGGCUGCCUUCCCCAGCUCUUUGCUGUGCCUGUGGACUGUGCAUCAUGCUAGCAGGCAUCAACAUCACACUGGUGGGAGCCUUUGCUUUUGGAACAUUUGUGCCGGUCAACAACCCUCCCAUUGUCAUCGGCCCCAUCCUUUUGGUGGUGGCAUUUACUUUCUUCGGGGCUUGUUGUAUUUGCAGCCGAAGGCCCCCGGCUCAUGGCACGAGAAAAUCCAAACCAGGGGCCAAUAUGGGUCUCAUCAAACCUGGGAACACAGCCUUUGAGAUUGAAACCAGUGAGCAUACAGUGCAAGAUACCACCGCAGUGCAGCUGAGCCCAACCAACUCUCCAGUGUCCUCCAGGAAGUCCACCCCCGUUCACGAGAACUCUAAGACCUGCAAACUUUUUACAAUGGAUAGCAAUGGGCCAGCAGCAAAAUACACAGCUGGGGGAGAAUCGAUACAACUGAAUUUGCCCAGAGACAUUGCGAUGUCAUAAACCAAACUGGAGGAUAUUGAUGGGUACCUGGGUAGCCGGCACUGCAUCAUGUGACCAGCUGGCUUAGAUGCAUCCGCAAUGCAGCAAGCAUCUGGAAUUCAAUUUAGAGUUGGCCAGCACACUCAUUAGAAUAUGUUGAGAAAUUUAAGGGAAAGGCAUUAUAAGGUGGCAAUUAGAAAUCAAUACACAGCUGCGAUCAGAAAUGCCAGACACUUGUUUGGAAGGACUGAAUUUUGAGUGAUGAAAUUAAAAUGGAAAAGACACAUAACUUGAUUUUGCAGCGAUGGG